GAUGGUAUGGUGGGAACGUUCGCACAGUAUCUUCUCUUCUCCUUGCACAGCUUUUUGAAUAAUCUUCGUCCUUCUAACAUUUAAACACCCGCCUAAACCUCCAAUUUGAUCCUCCUUGUUUAUAAAUGCCAGAAACUAACUACAGUUUCUCUCUGGGUUCACGGUAGCCUUUUAUGAGCUCGGAAGCACUGGAUCUCUCUCUUUCCCGGCGAUGGCGAACGGAAGUUACCACAUUACAAGCAACGGCGUGGAAGCUGAGCACCCAAGGCCGGCGCUGAGCUCGUCGGCUUCGUUCAAGGCGCGAAAGCCGAAGCCGAGCGUUUGUUCAGCCGUCUCCCGAGCUGGCUCCGAGGUCGAUGAUAUAUUCACUCUCUUCCACGGCUCCGAUCCUGUCCGCGUCGAGCUCAGCCGUCUGGAGAACGAUGUCCGAGAUAAAGAUAGAGAACUUGGAGAGGCAUUUGCAGAAAUCAAGUCCUUGAGGAAUUCAGAGAGACUCAAAGAGAGGGCAGUCGAAGAGCUGACAGAUGAGCUAAAAAAGGUGGACGAAAAGCUUAAGGCAACUGAAGCUCUUCUGGAGAGCAAGAACCUUGAUGUUAAGAAGAUAAACGAUGAGAAAAAGGCAGCUUUGGCCGCACAAUUUGCAGCAGAAGCCACACUUCGAAGAGUCCAUGCUGCACAGAAAGAUGAUGAGAUGCCUCCUAUUGAAGCCAUCAUCGCUCCUUUGGAAUCGGAGCUUAAAUUUGCUAGAAUGGAGGCAGCAAAAUUGCAAGAGGACAAUAGAGCACUUGAUCGGUUAACAAAAUCUAAAGAAGCUGCUUUACUUGAAGCUGGGAGAACUAUUGAGAUUGCUUUGGCAAAAGCUUCCUUGGUUGAUGAUCUGCAGAACAAAAAUCAAGAGCUAAUCAAGCAGAUUGAAAUAUGCCAGGAGGAAAACAGAAUAUUAGAUAAAAUGCAUCGGCAAAAGGUUGCCGAAGUUGAAAAACUAACCCAAACUGUUCGCGAGCUUGAGGAGGCUGUUCUGGCUGGAGGGGCUGCUGCUAAUGCAGUGCGUGAUUACCAACGGAAAGUACAAGAAAUGAAUGAGGAGAGGAAAACUCUGGAGCGGGAAGUAGCUCGUGCAAAGGUUUCUGCAAACCGGGUUGCCACUGUGGUUGCAAAUGAGUGGAAAGAUGGCAAUGACAAGGUUAUGCCAGUAAAGCAGUGGCUUGAAGAAAGAAAAUUUUUUCAGGGGGAAAUGCAACAACUUAAAGAUAAGCUGGUAGUUGCUGAGCGCACAGCAAAGGCUGAAGCCCAAAUGAAAGAAAAAUACCAACUACGGUUUAAGGUUUUGGAAGAAAAGCUUAAAUCAUCCAAUAGUAAUUCCCGCAUUGCCUCCGAUGGAAGAAGUAUAAGCAAUGGGCGCUCACGACGGCAAUCACUUGGCGGGGCUGAGAAUUAUUCACGCCCAUCCUCCAAUGGCUAUUUGUGCAAGAAUUUGUUGAAUUCGCAGUCUAAGUCAUUGCGAUCCAACAAUGCCAGCACAUUAUUAAGACAUGCCAAGAUGUCGUCGGGAUCAUUUGAUGGGGGGAGUAGGUCACUAGAUAAAGAUACGCCAAGGCAAGUGGAGACUGGGAAUGGCAAUGCACAUGUUAGUACCAAUGAGGUCCAAAUCACAGAGGCAGUUACUACAGAUAAAGAAAUUGCCAAUGGAACAACAAAUGGAAAAUCAAAGACAGAACAGGAAGAUCAUGUUUCAGGGGUGUUGUAUGACAUGUUGCAGAGGGAGGUUAUAAUUCUAAGGAAAUCCUGCCAUGAAAAAGAUCAAAGCCUGAAAGACAAGGAUGAUGCAAUAGAGAUGUUGGCGAAGAAGGUUGAAACAUUGAACAAAGCAAUGGAAGUUGAGGCCAAAAAGAUGCGUAGGGAAGUCACUGCCAUGGAAAAGGAAGUCACUGCAAUGCGAGUUAGCAAGGAGCAUAAUCAGAGGACACGGGGGGGAACCAGUGUGCCCAGAGGUUCUCAGCUACUUUCUGCAAGGAACACGCGAAUGCCAUAGGCAAUCGACACAAUUGACAUGCAAAUAACCAUAAGGGGCACCUCUGGAUUCUUUGGUCUUGCGACUGGGAGUGGCAGAUGAAUGGUCUUGGUCUUGAUUUUUCUUUAAGCAGCCUUGGCCGUGCAGGUAGUCCAUGUGUAAAGAACUGACUGUAGGUUCCCCGACUUGUAUAUAUAUAUAUACAUUUUUUUUUUGGGUAUUAACUCUCAACAUUAUAAGUCACCAAUGUCAAAGUGUGCUAUGAAAAUCCAUGUAGAAACUUGUUUUAACUGAACAAAGGAUGGCUUAAUCAUUAACUCUUGUAUUUAUCUUAUGAUUAUCGUAUACUUGUGAAGAAAUACACCUUUGGAAAGAACUGUGCAUGUAUCU